GGCCGGCACCUGAGCGGGCGGCGCCUGCGGGCAGGCCCCGCUCUUCGAGUAUUUACGGCGCGGCCGCCGGCAGCGCUGAAGUCCGCGCUUCCAGGUUCAGUUUCGGGGUCUCGCCGGCGCCCCGGCCGGCGGGCACGAGCGGGCAGCGAGCACACCUUCCCGGCAGGGGAGAAUGGGCUGCAGCUAUAGCCGGCUGAGUUGUUGCAAGCCUCCCAAAAAGAGGCACCAAGAGCCAGACCAGCUCCCCAGACCAGAGCAACAAGAACUUGGUCCUAUCAACGGAGACACAGCUGCAGCUGUCCAGUUGUGUGACUCUGAACAGGAGCCCCAUCAGGAAAUAAGUAGAAUCCUUCAGCAACAUGAAGAAGACAGGAAGAAAUGGGCACAGCAGACUCAUCCUGUUUGCCUCUCACCUCCAACCCCCCAAACCCAGGUGGAGAAGGAGCGGGAAUUGGAGCUGCAAGAGAGAUUGGACGAACAGCGGAGAGUACUGGAGAGAGAGCACCAGGAGGCUCUGCAAGCCUUCCGGGCCUCAUGUGAGCAGGAGAAAGAAGCCCUCACCCACUCCUUCCAGGAGGCUGAAGCAUCCCUACAGGAGACCAUUGGUAGGCUGAUGUCACAGUUGGAGGGCUUCCAGGCCAAGAUGAAGAGGGUGGAGGAGUCCAUCCUGAGCCGGGACUACAAGAAGCAUGUCCAGGACCAUGGGAGCCUCAGCCAGUUCUGGGAACGAGAGCUGGAGAGCCUGCACUUUGUCAUCGAGAUGAGAAACGAGCAGGUGCACGAGCUGGACAAGCGGCUGGUCCUCAUGGAGACGGUGAAAGAAAGAAACUUGAUGCUGGAGGAGAAGGUGACCAUCCUACAGCAGGAGUAUGAGGAUCUGCACGUCCGUACCCGAAACCAGGCAGCGGAGUCUCGGCAGCUCUCGGAGGACCUGCUGGGUGCUCAGGCGGCCCUGGAGCAAGAAGUGCAGCGUCGGAGGCAGCUGGAGCAGGAGAAGGAGGAGCUGUUGUUCCGGGUCCUGGGGGCCCAGGCCUCCCCCACCUUCCCUCUGACACCUGUCACCCCCACGCCCAGCCAAGUCUCUUUCCUGGCCACGUAGGCUGUGCCCAGCCCCUGAGACAUAGGGCUACAGUGCCCUCUAUGGGACGUGUAGGAACGGAGCAGAAGCUGCCUGUCCCCAAGGGGACCUGCAGGGCCUGGAGGCCCAAGAAGUGCCUUCCCUCAAAAUAGUCCACAGAGGAAGCAAAAGGAGUGCUCCCCCCACCCCUAUCCAAAUCGGGGGUUCAGACGCCUUCCUCAGGGGCAGCCUGUGCCGUGGCUACCCUGGCUCAGCAGCCCUCCCCCAUGUCCCACUACUGCCCCGGCCUGCUGUCAGGUUUCAGCUUACUGCUCCUCUGGAUCACAUGGGGACUGACAGUGACUUCAGCAUCCCUGCAGUGUCCCCACCAGCCAGCAUGAUCUGGAGACUGGGGAAGAAGGAGGCUGAUCCCUGAGAAGCACCUGGGAAAGGUGCACAGCUGGUGGGAUGUAGAGGUAUUCAGGCUGGCUGACAGCUCUCAGGGGAGGCAGGGCUGGCAGGGUGUCUGGAGAGCCCAGGGCUGAGGCCAGGGCACCUGUCCUUGGCCAGGCCUUCUGUGUCCUGUCUCCAUGCACCUGGGUGUUCAAUGCUGAACAGGUGAGGUACUACCUGGACCCCACUAUCCUCUACUGUCUGUCUGUCUUCUCUCCCACCACACUCUGGGACCAGCAGAUCUGUGAGCUGGUCCCCCUCCUCCUCCUCAUUCCCCAUGGGCCCCCUGCCUGUGUCCACUCCAGUUCUCUGCCUUAACGCUCCAUCUAUCUGAACUUCCGUAUCAGUGCAUAGGAGUGGUCAAUGCUGCCAAGCCACCUGCUGGCCCUGCCCACCCUGGGUUCAGUUUCUUCUCAGGAAGCCCCCUAUAUUCCCCAGAGAGAGUAUAGUCUCCCCCUCAACAUCUGCAGACAAUCCAGAAGCAGGCUCCUGCCUCUUUAGCAACAGAGCAAGUGGGUCCCAGGCUCCAGGGACACCCCCGGGCUACAUUUGGGUCCAGCUACACCGGGAGCCAGAACCCCAGCUCCUCUGUGUCCGGACAUUGCCUUCACCCCUGAUUAGCCUCCUCCUCUGCUUUUGGAGCUCAGCUGGCUUCUGCCCUGGCCAUCAGUAUGGAGACAGUUUUGAAUGAGGCAUACAAUUCCUCCUCACCUGCUUUUUCCAGAGCAGUCUGGGGCUGCUGCUGCUUUGACAGACUUUGAUAGAAAUCAUAGAGAAAAAGAUGAGUGGCCAAAUAAUUUGACAGAUUCAAUUGAAACAUCUGCCAACUGCAGCCUUCUAGAAGCUUCCAUGCACCCCUGGGUCCGUGAAUGCUAGGAAGAGGGCAGAGCCAGCACCCACUAAACAUCUGUGUCUCCUCACUCCAGCCCUGCAGGCUCAGCAUGGUGGAAGCUAAUUUAUUAGAGGGCUGGCCCCCCACAUUUACCCUUGUGUGUGUCCUUGCACCAGCUGGGUCACCCCGAUAUACAGGCUACUGAAAUGAAAAAGACACAUGAUGUGAUGUUCA